AUGGGGCAUGCAUUUUCACCACCAAUCACCACCACAGAAAUUUCCCAAGAAGAAGAAAAUUCUAUACCAAUUCCUUCUCCUCAAUUGAAGCAAUAUGUCCCACAAAUCCCUUUUCCACAAAGGUUGAGAAAAAAUAAAAUUGAUGGGCAAUUCUCAAAAUUCUUGGAGCUGUUCAGAAAGUUGCAUAUCAAUAUUCCUUUUGCUGAAGCUUUGGAACAAAUGCCAAGUUAUGCAAAAUUCAUGAAAGACAUUCUCUCCAAGAAGAGGAAAUUUGGAGAGCACGAGAAAAUCCAACUGAUAGAAGAGUGCAGUGCCAUCCUACAACGGAAGCUUCCACCAAAACAAAAAGAUAGAGGGAGUUUUAAAAUUCCAUGCACUAUUGGAAAUAAUUUCUUUGAAAGAGCUUUAUGUGAUUUGGGUUCUAGCAUUAACUUACUACCUUUAUCUGUUGCUAAAAAGAUUGGUAUUGGUGAAAUUAAACCCACUACUGUUUCUUUGCAGAUGGCGUACAGGUCAAUCACAUACCCAGAUGGAAUUAUAGAAGAUGUUCUUGUAAAGAUUGAUACACUCAUAUUUCCGGCGGAUUUUCUGGUUUUGGAUAUGGAAGAAGAUUCUGACACACAGCUAAUUUUGGGCCGCCCAUUCCUGAUUACUUCACACACUCUGAUUGACGUAGAAGAAGGGUUACUAACUUUGAGAGUUGGGAAUGAAAAAGCGACAUUCAAAGUUUUUGACAGGACCCGCCCCGAAUUUCCCAGAACCCGAGACGAAUCCUGCAGAGACCUCGGCAUCACACCCAUGCCGGGUUCACUCCUUAAAACUAUGUCCUCUUUUACCAAAGAGGAUUAA